AUGCUGCCCCCUCGAAACGCCAUCGGUCGAAUACCAGGCCACCUUCGACCGGUGCUGCUUCCUUUCCGGACGCCCGGUCCAAAAGUGAGGCUUCAGCCAUUCACCCACCGCAGCCGGCUGCUUCUCUCCCCGCCACCAGGCCGCCCUCAAUUACCCUUCUUAUCACCAUUAACACCCAUUCGCUCUCUCCCACCGCUAUCCAUUCAUCUCCGCCAACAUUUUGGGCGCCUCAUUUCUACGGAAAGCCGUAACCACUUCAAAAAGCGACUGUCGCGCGGCCUGAAAAUCGGCCUGUCCUUCUACGCCAUUCUAGUCCUCUUCCAGGUCAUCAAGCUCGGCCUGUACCAAGAAGAAAUCGAGCACGAAUGGCCCACCCCGCCGGAAUGGACCUGGAAAAGCCGCUGGUGCCUGCGCUCCGCCCAGGCCAUGAUGCACCCUGAGCACAUCGGCAAGCUGAUGACCAAUUGGCCCAUGGUCGCCGGGUACCUGCGCGAGCUGCUGGAGCGCCUGGAGAAGACCGACGGCGAAGGCCAGGGCCUUAUCGAGCAGGAAGACGGCGGGAUUUUCGUCGAGGGUGUCGGUCGCACGGGUCUCGACAUCUCGGCGAAGAGCGAGCCAUGGCGCCGCGGCUACUUCCAGGCUCUCAUGGGCGCGGCCAAGGCUGCAGAGAAUCUGGAUGGCUGGCUAACGGACCGCAAGCAGAAGAUCUCUGCGCCAGCGGAGUAUGUUGCGGGCCCGUCGAACCCGCGGCCGAAGCCUAUGCCUGCGGGGCAGAAGAAGGUGCCGCAGGAGGAGAACUGCGAGGCUGCGUCGCCGCCGCCGCACACGUUCUACAUGAAGGUCCUGACGACGAAGGGCUUCGACACACGGCAGAAGCUCGACGCCGCACUCGCGUAUGCGGACUGGCUUGAUUUCAAGGGGCUGGGGAGCACCGCGGGCGACAUGUACACGUGGGCGCUGGACAUUGCCGCUGGCGGCGUCGACGACGCCAGUAAGAUUGUGGAUCUGAAGACGGGCAUUCUGAAGAAUGACGGCACCGAUUUGCCCUCAGAGAACAUCCUCCGCGUCUCGACCGCCCUGGCAGUCCACAACGCGCGCGAGGGCGACCUCUCCACCGCUCUCUCUCUCUUCACAUCCGUCCUCAAGGCCCGCCGCAGCCUGCCCAUCGCCCCAGACUCGGGCGCCAACACACCCUUCUCCUUCCCGGCACCACCCCGCGCCUCCAACGACCCCAUCGCCAGCUUUGUCAAAUCCCUCAAGAAUAUGUUCUCUCCCCGCCGAAUACCCCGCCCCCUCCCCUCCGGCGACACGCCACCUCUCCGCACAUCCACCUCCGCGUGUGAUGAAGCAGGCCUGAUGACCUACAUCGGUGAGAUCCUGUUCGCCUCGUCGUCGCGCGAGCACGGGCUGGCGUGGACCCGCGACGCCGUCGAGAUCGCCGAGUCAACCAUGCUCGACCUCCGCGGCGCCGAGAACAAGCCUGCGCGGACGCGCUGCGCAGAGUGCCUCAAGGUCGGUCUGGAGAACUGGAAGACGAUGGUCUCAGCGCUCGUGGCGCAGGCGCACCAGGAACAGGUCGAGAGCGCGGGUAAAUCCCGGUCCUGGUUCGGCGGCCGCAAGCAGAGCAAGGCUGAGGAGCUCAAGCGCUGGGAGGCCGAGGAGGCCGUUCUGGAGGAUAGGAUCCGCAGGCUUUUCCCCGUUUUGGUGGGCGAGUCUGGGUUGGAUACACUGUCGCCGAACAGUUCGCUGUUUGUGUGA